UUCCUGCGUUGUUUGGGGACAGAAGGAAGAUGGCGGCGGCCCCGCUGUACUGUGUCUGCCGGCAGCCCUACGAUGUGAGCCGGUUUAUGAUCGAAUGCGACAUCUGUAAAGACUGGUUCCACGGCAGCUGUGUGCAGGUAGAAGAGCAUCAGGCCACAGACAUCGAUGUUUACCACUGUCCCAACUGCGAUGUGGUACAGGGACCCUCCCUGAUGAAAAAACGCAACAACUGGCACAGGCAUGACUACACAGAGCCAGACGACGGAUCCAAACCGGUGCAGGCCGGCACUCCACUGUUUGUCAAGGAGCUACAAAGCAAGACCUUUGCCAGCGGUGAGGAGAUCAUGAUGCGGAUGAAGGGCGAGCAGGUGACCCCCAGGUACCUGGAGAGACACGGCUUCCACUACCCCAUCCAGGUCACUGAGAUGGAAGGACUCGGACUCAAACUUCCAAGUCCUACCUUCUCUGUGAAAGACGUGGAGCAGUACGUGGGAGGGGACAAAGUCAUCGACGUGAUAGACGUGGCCCGGCAGGCGGACAGCAAAAUGAAGCUCAGCGAGUUCAUCAAGUAUUUCACCAAACAGCAUCGACCGAAAGUCCUCAACCUCAUUAGCCUGGAGUUCUCUGACACAAAGAUGUCAAAGCUGGUGGAGGUUCCUGAUGUGGCUCAGAAGAUGUCCUGGGUGGAGAACUACUGGCCCGACGACUCCUUCUUCCCCAAACCCUUUGUCCAGAAGUACUGCCUCAUGGGGGUCAAGGACAGCUACACAGACUUCCACAUAGACUUUGGAGGCACCUCCGUCUGGUACCAUGUUCUCUGGGGUGAGAAGAUCUUCUACUUGAUCAAACCCACUCCCGCCAACCUUGCACUAUAUGAGGCAUGGAGCUCCUCGCCCAAUCAGAGCGAAGUGUUCUUUGGGGAUAAAGUGGACAAGUGCUACAAGUGUGUCGUGCCCAAAGGAACCACACUGCUCAUCCCUACAGGCUGGAUCCAUGCUGUUCUCACCUCUCAGGAUUGCAUGGCAUUUGGAGGGAACUUCCUUCACAACCUCAAUAUUGGCAUGCAGCUCAGGUGUUACGAGAUGGAGCGUCGUCUGAAAACUCCAGACCUCUUUAAGUUUCCGUACUUCGAGGCCAUCUGUUGGUAUGUGGCCAAGAACCUCCUGGAAACGCUCAAAGAGCUACGAGAGGACAGCUGUCCGCCUUCGACCUAUCUGGUGGAGGGAGUCAAGGCUUUAACCGGUGCACUGAGGACGUGGUUGAAAAGAGAGGUGACCUUGCCCAGCAGUGAGGUACCGGACAAUAUCAGGCCCAACCAUCUCAUUAAAGAGCUGACCAAGGAAAUCCGCUACCUGGAGGAGGAGCCAGCCAACGGUAGCAAGCCAGUGAAAUCUCAGGGAAGCGGGUGCGCAGUAGCGUCCGGGUCAAACGGCUGCCCGGCCACUCGCUCCACUCUGGAGAGGCUGUGCCAGGCUCGUCGGGCGAGGAGGGCUGCCAGGAGGCUGAGGGAGCAGCAGCGACAGGCCCCCAAACUGCCCACCAACCUGGACAUCCUGGAGCGGCACACCAGGGAGGUGCUGAAGCGGCUGGAGGUGGGACCGCUGGAGGAGGAUGAAGCGUUUUGUGCCAAGGUCCACGGGAAGCUCAACAAAGUGUCAACUGCAUCGGCAGCUGCUGCAGAGUCUCUGGACAACAACCACCUGCGACUCAUGCUGGUCAACGGCAGGAUUAUCAGAGAUUUACGGCAGCCAGCCAUUAGCCCGGUGAAGACGGAGGGCGAGAAGUCAUCUGACGGCCACGACCCACCAAAGAGCUGUGUGGAUGUGAAGUUUGAGCGGACACAAGAGCAGCACAGCAUGGUGGAGAAACCCAUACUCCUCAGGGGUCUGGAGAGGAUGAAGACUGAACUCAGGGAAGAAGUCUCAGGACACUCAAGUGUGUCAGACGGGGAGUCGGACAGCGACUCUCGCGCAGAGCCUAAAGCAUCGUCUUCAUCGUCGUCAUCAUCAUCGUCGUCGUCAUCAUCGUCAUCAUCGUCGUCGUCUUCGUCUUCUGGGGAGGAUUCCGAGAGUUCCCAGGAGGAAGAUGAGGACGAAGAGGAGAGGAGGAGCUCGUCUCAGCAGAAAGGCUCAGGGCACACUAUCGAGCUGGACCAGUCGGGCCAGAAACUCAGGCACAAACACAAACCACUCAAACGAGAACGUCCUACCUCACCCAGCACAGCAGAGGCCAUUCAGGGGAUGCUGUCUAUGGCUGGUCUGCUGUGCUCCUCUGAGCCCGAGAAGGUAGCCUCGUCCCAGGAGUCCUGGUGGUCCGGCUCCGGCCAGUGCUCGCCGCGGGACCAGAGGGAGGCGCCGAAGCACCGACUGCAGGGGGAUAAGAGCCCCAUGGACAGCCAGGGCAACAGCAGCGAGGCCUGGGACAAUCAGGGGCUCCCCAGCCCUGAGGCAGAUUACCAGUACUGUGACCCCUCCAUGUCUCCACCUCUGCACCCCUCCAAGAGGCACGCCCCCAACCCCCCACCCAUCAGCAAUCAGGCCACCAAAGGCAAGAGGCCCAAAAAAGGAAUGGCCACCGCCAAGCAGAGACUGGGAAAGAUCCUGAAGCUGAACAGACACAGUCACGUCUUUGUGUAACGCUCCGAACCUUCUCAACCUGCAGAAAGAACAACACGGGAAGAAGAGGAAACCUUUUUUGUGUAUCUGUUUCCAGACACGUGCGCGCUGUAGGAAGAGGAAGGGAGGAAACGAAAACAGAACACUGCCUGGAGACCAUGAGACUGAACAUGACAAACAAAAACACGCUCACUGUGCAUGCUUAGGAGACAGGGUAUCCAUUAGAAAUAAGCAAGCGCACGAUUUUCACCACAAGCACACUAAGAACAAAAACAAGGAGCUCGAGACGAGACGCUUGUUCUGAAAUGUUCUGCUGCAGGGAACGCUGGAGUCAAGCUCCUGAGGGCAUUUUUUUUUAAACGGACUAAGGAGAGAAAGGAGGUCUACCAAACCCAGAAAAAAAAAAGAAUGAAUGAAUGCUUCAUCGGCAUCACAUUCACCAACCUCUCCUCUCACUGCUGAACGCACCACCUCCCCACAAUCCUUCACUUGCUUCACGGCUUUUUGCGCUGAGCCGACGAGGACGGAGGAGCCGGUGAGAAGGUGAGACGGAGCGGUGUCUUUAGCAGGGUGUGUGUUUCCCCGUCGCACCCCGAGCGGCGGGCGGUUAAAAAAAAAAACGAGGUGCUAAGGAGGAGAACUGAUGUUUCAAAAUGGUGCUUAUUGUUUGUACUUUUUUCUCCACUCAUGCUCGACCCCCUUGAUCCUUCUCCCUUUAUCUCAAUCACACCAGCAAUAAUGACUUUGAGGAGCGGGCUGUGAGAGGCAGCACUCUGGAGCAUCCCUCUCUCCUCCAUCUGUCUGUCUGUGCGUCCACAGACUCACCUCUCAGUGCUCGACACGCUCAGAACUCUGCACUGUGUCGAUCCUGGAGGAGCGUGUUGCCCAAAGUGCUCCCUCUCUGUUUGAAAUAGGAAUUACGAGUCCUCGCGACUCCAGCUUAAUUUAUUCUCGUUUAUCUGUGAUGUUGAUUUUUUUAACGUGUUAUUUUUAUGGAUUCUGAAUGAUGUAUUUAUUAAUUGACAGAGAUAAUGAUUUAUUAUAUUUUGACCCUACCACCUCAGCUAUUCUGAGAGUUUGUUCCUCUUCUAGGGUUCCUCUUUCUUUGUUUUUUUUAUCUUUAACAGAUACCUUUUUGUAAAUGUGGAUGUUUUAGAGUUAAUGUGAUCUUCCUCUGUUCAGUAGCAGUUUACCUUCACAUCUUUUCUUACCCUCUCUGCUGUCACACCCCUCACACCCCCUCUCCCCCUACACACACACACACACACACGUUGAAUAGACCCUGUGUUUUGAUUCCCGUCUGUUCUGGUUUCCUCUUCUCUCUGUAGCCGGAGACGUUGGGCGAUGUGCGAAUAGAAACGAGGUUAGGUCGUCAGCUUCCACAUCCACAACCUGCAGCCUGUUGCACCAGCUGUGUGUAAGUUGAGUCCUAAGUUAGGGUGUAAAGUCCUCACUGAGCCACACGUUGAAACUAAUUAGUCUGUAACCUAAGUUGAGUCGAUGUUUGGUGGUACCACGGAGACAUAAGGUUCAUCUUAACGAGUAGACCGUAUAGGGUUGUAAAGGGGUGGACAGUUUCUGGUAAAUUUCCAUGGGAAGUUAAGCUGGGGAAUUUUGGAAAUAUUCCAAAUUGGAAACUUUCCAUUGGAAUUUAUGGGAAUUAACUGGGAAUUGAGGGUAAUUUAAUGGAAAAGUAUCAUAUCCAGGUAUAAAUAUGUUUUUGUUAUAAGCAGACAUCCAAAAUAAUACAAGUAAAACAGAUUUAUUUCUAAGUAGAACUUUAUGAAGUUUUAAAUAUUUGAUUGAACAAUCGAUUCUAUCAUUAAAGAACAAAAACAUGAAUGUUGAGUUAAAUAGCUGGUUGUUUUAGUCAGGAUUAUGCUAAAACAUAUUUUCCCCAGCUAUAUUUAAGUUCCCUGUUAAGAGCCAACCUUCAAUUUAGUCAUUAAUUCCCAUGAAAAGUUUCCAACUUUGAAAAUUCCCAGAAUUUUGCAACCCUGAGACCGUAACGUCCAAACUAACCAAAACAUUGUCGCAGAUCUGACGUUUAAACUUCAGCCAAUCAGAGGAAAGCACCAAUUUUGAUGCUUCGUUAUCUUUCGUGCCUAAUCGUCUCUGAACUGAGGAACAGCUGAAACAAACUUCUGUUACUGUCAGGGAACAACAACAGAAGGUAGAUCUUGAUAAAGUGUCACAGUAAGGUGAUAGCUAUUGUCUAAAUCAGGGGCGUCAAACUCAUGUCAGUUCAGGGGCCACAUACAGCCUGAGUUGACCUCAAGUGGGCCGGACCAGUAAAAUCGUAAUAUAAUAACCCUAUAAAUAACAAUAACUCCAAAUUUGUCCCUUUUUGUUUUGGCGCAAAAAAAGUACAAGAACAUUCUAAAAUUGUUCACAUUUAAUGAACUCUCUUUUUUCAAAAACUGCUGUUGAAUUUUUUUGCCAUGAUGAGUCUCAUAGUGGGGCCGAAUAUGAUAUUCUUUAAGGACUGAAACCUAGGCUCCUUCCAAAAACAGUGGAUCCACCGCUUCUACAUAUACAUAAACUUCAGUGUUGGAUUUUAGUGCUCUAAAAAGUCUAUGAAAUUCAACCAGAUUAUGCAAACUACAAAUGUCAUUUUUCCUCCUCAUAGAAAAAAAGUCCUGGAGCGCCGUUCAGUUUGAUGGAAUGCGCCCCCCAGAGGACAAAUUUGAAAUGGCAGUUACUUUUAUUGAAAAAUUGAUGUAAAUGUCUUCUCUGCAAUUUUUCACUUUGUAUCCCACGAGCCGGAUUGGAACCUCUGGUGAGCCAGUUUUGGUCUGCGGGCUGUAUGUCUGACACCCCUGGCCUAAAUCCUUAAUCUACAGUGUUUAUAAUAACAGUGACAUCUAGUGGUAGAAUCAUCAACUACAACAUACAUUAAUAUUCUAGAGUGCAAAUCUUGCUCAUCAUAUUUUACGAAGGAUGUAAUCUCUCGUUGCCGAAGUAAUCUAGCUGGGAGAACCCUCUAUCUCCACAUCCUCCAAAUCAUCCCACCUUUCAAAAGAACGCGGUACUCUACGGCGGACUUUACACCUACUAGGAGCCAAGUGUAAGAAUUAAGUUGGAACUAUCUGAGCUGGUGCAACGCCCAAAACGUUAGUAGAGUGUGAACUCAUCCUAAAUGAGAGUACGUUCAAACUAGGCUACGUUUAAACUUUCACCCACCUGGUGCAACAGGCUGCUGGUCUUUGUUUCCUGACUUGUGCCACUUAUCAUUUAGCAAAAAACAAACAAGUAUUCUGAGCCACUGUGGUCGAUCCAAAGUAGUCGAUGUAUUGAGAAGACGUGAACGUUUGAGGAACUGAUGUGGGGAUGAGUGACUUUUUUCUAAGAUUUCAAAAAAAAAAAAAACCCAGUGCUGAUGUGAGGUGUGUGUUUUGCUCGGAGUGUGCAGUUCUUCACUCUCAGGGAAUGAUGCCAUGGACAUAACCUUCGAUUAACCAGCAGCCACGUCAGUCACGCCGCAGACGGGACGCUCUCACCCUCCCGCUCCCAGGACGCCGAGGUUUGCUGUUUUUUUCCUCCAUCGCUCUGAAAUCACUUCCUGAUGUUGUUUUCACCGGCUUGGUCUUCAUCCUUUUUGGCGAACUUUUACACCUUCUGUUGUUGAAUUUGCUUCCUAACACUGAGCUCAGUAUUACACACAUUCAGUUGACCCCCCGUGUAAACGACACUGUUGCCACGUAGCUUUAAGGACAGCGUGAAAGCUUUGCUCAGGUUGACUUGUAGUGACUGUGAUCAUCAUCCAGCCCUGACGAGGUGUUCUACGUCCCCCCCUGACCAGACUGAUUUCCUUUUUUCCUACACUACACUUCCACCUUUAAACUCUUUGCAUGCUGAAUCACUGAACUCUCAGAGCUGGCCCGCAGGCAGGGUUUGUUUGAAGCUGUACGUUUUCAUCCUUACAGAUCUGUCCCUCUUUGCUUUGAUAUGCAGCUCUUUAAGCAUUUGUGUUUCGUGCGUUGGUUCUUGAGAUGUUUUCUUUCCAGAUUUAAAGUAUACAAACACUGGCUAACUGUGACACUGUUGAUGCAUUGCAUUUUGUUUCUGCAUUUCAAAAAUUGCGUGUAAAUAAAACUAAUGAAAUGAG